AGACAGAACUUAUUCACCAACUUUAAUGCUAACGAUUAUUUCUCUCUCUUUUUUCUUGGUUGUGCCCUCCCCAAAACAGUAGCAACAUUUGACCCAGAAGUUAUUGAUGGUUUUAUAAUCAAAGAAAACCAAGUUUCCUUUACCCUUGGCCAACGAGGUUGUACAUUAUUGGUUUCGAAUGGAUAUCAAUAUGUGAGAAAUCGCCGAAGUGGCUAUAAGAUCUAUUGGAUAUGUGCUAAGAAGGGAAGUUUAAAAUGUAACGCACGAGUUGUAACGAAUAUUAUUGAUGGAGUUCAAAAAAUUGUCUUACAAUCAUUAAAUCAUAGUCAUCCAGUAAAUGUUAUACGAAAGAAACGUUCAGGUGCAGUGGCAAAAAAUAAAAGUGUCCUACCGGCAGAAUUUAGCAGAAAGCCUCGACCUGCUAGAAAAUAUAGACAUCCAUCGGAGAAUAAAUUAUUUGGAGAUUAUGAUUUUGAGUUUAUUGGUUAAAAAGUUAUUAUUAGUUUACUUUUUUUUAUAUAUAUGUAUUAGAUGUAGAGCAUAAAAAUGUAUUUAGUAGAACAAAUCAAAAUAUUCGAAUAACGAUGUUAACGGUUUUUGAAAUAAAUAUUUAUGUUAACCUACAUAAAAAUGAUGGUGCUCGUAGUGUUUUUUAAAGUUCGUCAUAAAUUUUCAACAUUCAUUUUAUUAUAUUUUUUAAUUAAGUACCUAUGCAGUAAAUAAUCUCACAAUCUUUAUUCUAUUUGGUUAAGGAACAAAAUAAAAGUAUAUUAAGUUAAGUUUUGAUUUAAAACUUUUAAAGAUUAAUUAAAUUAGCACAUAAAAUCAAUGGAAAAUAGCAGUAAAUGAUUUAAUUGCUGCUUUUUGUUCAUCAUUAUGGUCUACUAAAUUUAAUCCCGAAUUCAAUCCGGAGUUGGAUUUCAACUUUACUCAUUCAAAACUAAGGUUGUGUUUAUGUUUGAUAGCAACGGAGUAAUUUUCAUACUCAGCCGCAAUCGAUUUCAAUAGAUUUUUGAACUCUUAGGGACAAAGGCCUUAAGGCCAAUUUUAACUGUGAGGCAAAUGUGUUUUUUUUUUUAACUGGAACUUAUUCUAUUGCAAUUAUUUUUAUUCUAUUAUCAUUUUUAAGAUUGGUUAAAUGAACCUAAACUCAAAUUAGGCAUUAGGGCAUAUAUUUAAAAAAACAGGCAAUCCCUUAUCCUUAAUUUAUUUAAUUCUAUCAAAUGUUAUAGUUGGUUGAAAAUAUGGUUUCUAACAAUUAUACAGAGUUACCGAAUACUUGUUCUUUAUUUACUUAAAAAUGCUACAUGACAUUUUCGUGAUUUGCAUGUAUGUUUUAGGUUUUUAGUAAAUAAAAAGUGAUACCCUAAAAAACAUUUUUUAGCUUUGUUUUACAUUUAAACACGGUAAUUAUAUUUGUAGAUCUAAAUUCUUAAGUUUUGUUUAGUGUACUUCAUACUUAUUGGGCAAAAAUACGAAAGUAUGCAAGUUUUUGUAAAAAAAAGGCAGCCACAUACAAGUUCCCUUUUUAAAAGCGGCAACCUUUAUUUUCAUUAAAUCUAAGACUUUAUUCUUAAGGAAUAAUAUUACUUGACUUCUUUUAUCA